GAACGUAGAAAAACAAAAUUAAUUUUAGGGCUCCUCUACACGAUGACCCGUCGUACGCCAGUCUUAGGGACGCAGCUAUGAAGUGGAAUGAGAUAGCAAUAUCACUUGCUCCCUCUAACGAAUAACUGGCCUACGCUGGAUCAUCGUGUAAAGGAGCCAUUAUUUACAUUUACAUGCGUGGCAAGUCUCGGCAGGCCGACGCGGACGCAGCUACGCGGUGAAUGAGAUAGAAAUAACUCCUUCUAACGGAUAACUGCGUUUUUGAAGCUUGUGUUGUGUAGGCUUGCCACGCAUGUAAACUAGGCAUUACAUCUCAAAUCCAUUUGCCGUUAUUUCUUUAUGGCAAUAUUAUUAAAAAUAAUUAUAUUUAUUCAUUCAUUCAAUCAUUCUCAUUCAUUAAUCUACCAUUCACCUGAAGCUGUUUAAGGCCAAAGUAACCAACCACCAUACUCGACUGACGCGUUUCGUUUGCCUCGAUCGUGCGCGUCUUUCUUUCAUUGACUUCUUUCAAACUCUUGCGAAAAUAAGUUUUGUUAGUUUCAAAGUUUAUAAAUACUUAUUAAUCAGAUACUUCAUGCCUUACAAUGGGACUAAUACAAACUACACUUCGGAUUUAUUGCUUGAGUGGCUCUUGGGAGCAAGUUCUAUGCAAUUAUGACUAGUGUACAAAGUUGAGUGAACUUGUGUGUAAUACAGUGUCCAUUAUGUUUAGAGCUGGGUUAAGCUAAAUCCUACAGGUGUGCUGUUCGCAUUGUUGUGGAAUUCAAAUCCUAGCAACCAGUCUAUGAUGAAGUUAUGUUGUGUCAAGUUAAAUUAUCGGUGUUAUCGGAGGGAGUGUAACCAGAAAACAUGUAAAAGUGACUGCAUAUAGUAUAACAUAAAAACUUGUAAAAUAACGUAAGAGUGGUCUUCAUUGAAGAAAAAGAAACUGGACAUUCUACAUGUAAUGGAAGAAUUAGAACGGUUGUUCAAAAUGUAUUCGAGGAAACUUUGGACCGCACUCGUGUUAUGCUUCAUGUGCAUUCAAUUGGCGUCUACAGCUGACAGUACAGUACAAAUGCAACCACCACGAUUCAGCAUGCAGCCGUCAUCCUCAAAUAGCAUAGUCAGAGAAGGCACCACUAAAAUAUUGCAGUGUUCAGCACACGGGAUUCCUCAACCAGUAUAUAAAUGGCUUAAGAACGGUAUUCCAUUAGGAGAAUAUUCAUCAGAGCUCUUUUACAAGAUCCUCAAUACCCAACGAGAUGAUGCAGGAGCAUAUCAGUGCAUCGCCAAAAACGACGUCGGCGCCAUAUUCAGCGAAAAAAACAAUAUUGUCGUUGCGUAUAUGGGCGUAUUCGGGAACAUAGAACAAGAUGUAGUAGUUGUCGAAUCCGGCAGAGCUGCAAUUCUUGAUUUUCCUUAUAUUGAAUCUGAGCCACCUCCUUCUGUUGUAUGGCAAGAUCAAAAUGGAGCUCUUCGUUACGAUCAAAAAUAUGCUCUUACACCACAACAUCAACUCGUUAUUCUCUCAGCUUCUAAUGAAGACGAAAAGCCAUACAGAGUUCGAGCGAUAAACACUCAAUUAGGAAAAGUAGAGAACAGCCCUUAUAUCAAAUUAACUGUAUAUGGUGACGACGAUAAAGAAAUACCACCAGAAAUUAUAAUUAAACCGCAAGACACCAAAAUCACAAAAGGCCAAGAAAUAGUAAACUUAUACUGCAUAGCUAAUGCCAGGCCUCUGCACGAAUUAGAAACACUUUGGUUUAAAGAUGGUAUUUUAAUAGAUCUGGCCGGCGUCACUUACGAUUUACAAGACCAAUGGAACAGAACCUUGAGCUUAAUUUCAGCUAAUUUAAGUCAUACAGGUCAAUACACAUGCCAGGCAAGAUUAAAAACGGGAGGAUUCGCAACCGUCACGGCUUCAGCCGCCGUCACUGUAAUUGAGAAGCCGGUGUUUACGACCACUUUAAAAUCCGAAACGUUUGGUGAAUUUGGUAGCACUAUAGUAUUAGAAUGCAACGUGCAAGGAAUUCCGUUGCCGGGCAUUACCUGGUACAAAGAUUCAAGAAAAAUUUGGAGCGUCGGCGCAGAAACCGAAGAAACGGACAACUCUGAUGUGGACGAUGGGGGAAGACGCUACCGUGUCGAGGUAGACCGCUCCCUCGUCAUCAGCGACCUAGAAAUGGACGAUAUGGGUAUCUUCCAGUGUAUCGCCAGCAAUGAAGCUGGCGAAUCAUCCAUUUAUACAUGGUUGAAAAUAAAAACUAAACAACAUAUUCGCGUACCGCGCAGUCAGAUGAAGUUAAUAAGAGUGAGGACUGCGGAUAAAAAGGCAAAAACGUUCAAAUUCGAUACUGGCACGUCCCCGCCAGUAAUGCAGAGCCCGCCAGCCAACCUUACCGUGCUGGACGGCAAAGACGCCACUAUCGCGUGCCGGGCCAUAGGCGCGCCCACUCCCAACGUUACUUGGUACUUCAACGACUCCCUGAUUAUAAAUCUGUCAGCGAGAUUGCAAGCGUUAGAGCACGGAGACCUGCUCAUUACCAGCACAACUACGGCCGACACCGGCAAAUACACCUGCGUGCGCGCCAACGAUGCGGGCAGCGUUUCCGGGGAAGCCUACUUAACUGUACUAGUGAGAACGCAGAUUAUUGCACCCCCUGUGGACACGCGCGUUUUGCUCGGUCACACGGCUACUUUGCAGUGCAAGGUUUCAAAUGACCCCAACGUGAAAUACAAUAUCGACUGGUUCCAUAAUAAUCAGCCUAUGACAGCCGGUUCCCGGGUGUGGGUCGCGGCAGAUGGCUCGCUGCAAGUGCAAGCUGUUCGCGCCAGUGACGCGGGCGAGUACUCGUGCGUAGUGACGUCACCCGGCGGGAACCACACGCGGAAAGCUGUGCUGUCCGUUAUUGAACUACCCUUCGCCCCGACUAAUGUCAGGGCCGUCCGAUUAGAUGCAACGACGCAAAGAGCUAUUAAUGUUUCCUGGACGCCUGGCUUUGAUGGGAACUCACCGAUACAGAAGUUCAUUGUGCAGAGGCGUGUUGUGCCGGAAUUUGGUCCUACUCCAGAUCCUCUGUUAAACUGGGUAACUGAACCGACAAACGUCUCAGCGAAUCAACGAUGGGUUCUCCUGACCAGCUUGAAAGCGGCUACUUCUUACCAAUUUAGAGUUUCAGCUGUCAAUACUGUGGGCGAAGGUCCCGCCUCCGACCCUACUGAUGUUUUAACUUUACCACAAGAAGCUCCCUCAGGCCCACCUAUUGGUUUUAUGGGCUCGGCUCGAUCAUCUUCGGAAAUCAUCACCCAAUGGCAGCCGCCUCUAGAAGAACAUCGCAAUGGCCACAUCCUUGGUUAUGUCAUCCGAUACAGACUGCGCGGCUACGACAACAGCCCCUGGACUAACCAAAACAUCACCAACGAGGCCCAAAGGAACUAUCUGAUCCAAGACUUGAUCACAUGGAAAGAUUACAAUGUUCAAAUAGCGGCUUACAAUGAUAAAGGUGUAGGUGUCUUCACUGAUAGUUACACUAUCAAAACAAAGGAAGGUGUGCCAGAAGCCGCUCCUGACAGUGUUCGGUGUGAAGCUUCCAACUCUACCGCCAUUGCUGUUUGGUGGACUCCGCCAAAUCCUCAAAAGAUAAAUGGAAUCAACCAGGGCUACAAAAUCCAAGCGUGGCGAUGGGACGAAUUUGAAGCACAUAAUACCGAACAGAAGCUCGUCAGUGUUCCUCCAAAUCUUUUGGACCCGCUGACCGAACAGACAGCCAUAAUUAGUGGACUUGAAAAGUUCACGGACUACAACAUAUCUGUUUUAUGUUUUACUGAACCAGGGGAUGGACCCCGCAGCGAGUUUGUUCUGGUUAGAACCAAUGAGGACAUUCCUGAUGAAGUAUCGAACCUACAAUUUGACGAUAUCUCUGACCGCGCCGUGCGCGUAUCGUGGUCGCCGCCGAAGAAAUCCAACGGAAUUCUAAUAGGAUACAAGCUCUCCUAUCAAGUGAAAGAUGACAAAACAACAUCUAUUAACGAAACACUACCGGCCAACGUUACCAGCAUACGAGUCGAACAUUUACAGGCAAGCACACACUACAAGUUCUGGCUGAGCGCGUUGACGGGCGUCGGCGAAGGACCACCGCGCUCCGCGGUCAUUCAGUCAGGGGUCGAGCCCGUGUUGCCAGAUGCGCCGCGCAAUCUAGCGCUGUCCAACAUCGGCGCCUUCUCCGUGCUGCUGCAGUUCACGCCCGGAUUCGACGGCAACUCUUCCAUCUCGCUCUGGACCGUGCAGGCACAAACGGCACGCAACUCAUCUUGGAUAACAGUAUUCGAAGCAAACGCCCCAGACGCCCAGUCCAUACUCGUGACCGGUCUAGUGCCGUUCACCACGUACCGGCUACGCGUAAUAGCUACCAACGUCGUCGGGACUUCACCGCCUUCUGAACCGUGCAAAGAAUUUCAAACCAUCCAAGCACCUCCGCAGCACCCGCCGAGAAAUGUGACUGUACGAGCUGUUAGCGCUAAUAAUCUCCGCGUCAGAUGGAUCCCGCUACAGCAGAGCGAAUGGUACGGCAAUCCAAAAGGCUACAACAUAACUUACAAGCAAAGCGGCACUAAUGAGACAUUGUUCAACAUCAUAGAGGACCACACGGCGAACUCCCACAUACUGUCCAACCUCGAGGAGUGGUCCGUGUACGAGAUACAGAUGACUGCCAUCAACGAGGUCGGAAUUUCUACUGAGAGCCCGAUGGCCACCGAAAGGACUAGAGAAGCUGUUCCAUCUUCCGGACCUGACAAUGUAUCUGCUAACGCGACUUCAUCUACAACAGUAGUUGUACUAUGGGGCGACAUCCCAGCUAAAGAUCAGAACGGUCUGAUCGAAGGAUACAAAGUUUGCUACGCGGCCAUAGUGCCACCUCCUAGGCCCGACCAUCAAAAAGUCGAAUGUCAAUCCAUACCCUCCAACCAAACGCACACUAUCACACUAACAGAACUGCGUAAAUAUGUUGUGUAUCAGAUACAAGUACUGGGAUACACUAGAUUGGGAGACGGAGCGCUUAGCGAUCCUCCUGUUACGGUGCGGACAUUUGAUGACACUCCCGGCCCACCAUCCAACGUGUCUUUCCCUGAUGUGACAUUCACGACCGCUCGUAUCAUUUGGGACGUCCCGGAAGACCCCAAUGGAGAAAUAUUGGCGUACAGAGUUUCGUACCACCUCAACAGCUCGACGCAGCAACAGUUUUCAAGGGAGUUCCUACCUUCGGACAGAACGUUUCGGGCUACAGAGCUGCAGUCAGAGAAGUACUACCAGUUCUCAGUGACGGCACAAACGCGUCUCGGCUGGGGCGGUACUGCGCGCGCUCUGGUGCUGACCACAGUGAACCGCGCCGCGCCCUCGCCACCUGCCCGGCCUAAUGUGGCACGCUCGCUACUGCAACCACACCACAUAACCUUCUCUUGGACGCCUGGCAGCGAUGGCUACGCGCCACUACGUUAUUACACAGUACAACAAAAAGAAGAAGGCGCCACAUGGCAGACUAUCCCCGAGCGCGUGGACCCGUUCGCGACGUCUUACACCGUGGAAGGGCUGAAGCCGUACACGGCUUAUCAGUUCCGCAUACGGGCCACCAACGACAUCGGGCCCAGUCGCUAUAGCAACGCUACUGAAACCGUCCGCACUUUGCCUGCAGCCCCAAGCAAAGCCAUAGAAAAACUCCACGUGGUUCCAAUAACGCCGAGCAGCGUCCGAGUGCAAUGGACUCCGCUUACCGAACAAUACUGGAGCGGCGACACGCAGACCGGUGGCUACCGGGUCUAUUACCAGCCCCUGACGGACUUCCCCACGCCUCUGCAUCAUACUAUGAAACAAGAAGUGCCCGGCAUUAAGAGCGAAGAAGUAGUACUAACGGAUCUGGCAGUGGACCGCAACUACGAGAUCAGCGUGUGCGCGGUGAACUCGCAGGGCGCGGGUCCGAGCGGCACGCCGGCGGUGGUGUGGGUGGGCGAGGCCGUGCCCACCGCGCCGCCGCGGGACGUGAGCGCCGAGCCGCUGUCGCCCACCGAGGUGGCGCUCGCCUGGCAACCACCGCUGCUCGCACAGCAGAACGGCGACCUGCUGGGCUACAAGAUCUUCUACUUAAUGACCGAGUCCCCCGAAGAGCCCGAGCCGGGCCGCAAAGCCGAAGAAGAGAUAGAGGUCGUAGCUGCAACUGCAACAUCUCAUUCUCUGGUCUUCCUCGACAAGUUCACGCAAUAUCGUAUUCAGGUCCUUGCAUUCAACCCGGCCGGCGACGGGCCGCGUUCCAGCUCUAUCCUCGUCCGAACGCACCAAGGCUUGCCGACGGCGCCGCGCAACAUCACCUUCACUGACAUCACGAUGAACAGUCUCGUCGUGUCCUGGGAAGCACCGUAUCGUCGGAACGGCCUUAUACAGUCGUAUCUAGUCACUUAUGAAACCAUCGAACAGGAUGAACAACUGAGCAAGCAAGUGAAGCAGAAGGUGAGCGAGCGGCGCCUAGCCGUGGGCGGGCUGGAGGAGGAGGUGGAGUACCGGUUCUCGGUGCGCGCCGUGACGCUGGGCGCGGGCCCGGCGGGCGAGGCGCGCGCGCGCACCGGCCCGCAGCCCGGCUCGCCCGCCACGCCGCGCGCGCUGCAGCUGGCGCCGCUGCCCGCCGCGCUGCACCUGGCCUGGACCAACGCCGCCUCGGGCCGCGGCCCGCUGCUGGGCUAUUACAUCGAGGCGAGGAAGAAAGAUGAUACAAGAUGGGAAACGAUCACGAGAACCAGCAACGGAAUGUUAGAAGAAUUCACGAUAUCAUAUCAAAGUCUGCUACCCUCCACUGCCUACAAUUUCCGAGUGAUAGCAUAUAACAUGUACGGCAUCAGCAACCCGGCGUACAACGAGAAAGUCAUAGUGACUCCGUCGAAGCUGUACUUGGAGUACGGGUAUCUGCAGUACCCGCCGGUCUAUCGCCGCACGUGGUUCGUGGUGGCGUUGGCGGCCGCUUCUGUGGUCAUCAUUAUUAUGGUUAUAGCCAUACUCUGCGUGAAGAGCAAGAGCUACAAAUACAAAAAAGAAGCGCAGAAGACUCUGGAGGAGUCGCUAGCGGGGUCGACGGACGAGCGCGGGUCGCUGGCGCUGGACCUGUACCGCUCGCGCGCCAACUCGGCCACGUCGGCGGCCCUGGGCGCGGGCGCGGGCACGCUGCGCCGCAAGCAGGCGCCGCAGCUGGGCAAGUCGCCGCCGCGGCCCUCGCCCGCCUCCGUGGCCUACCACAGCGACGAGGAGAGCCUGCGCGCCUACGACGAGAACCCCGACGACUCCUCGCUCACUGAGAAGCCCUCCGAGAUGAGCUCCUCCGACUCCCAGAAUUCCGAGAGCGAUAACGAAAGCGUUAGAUCGGAGCCGCACUCGUUCGUGAAUCACUACGCGAACGUAAACGACACGCUCCGGCAGUCGUGGAAGCGGCAGCGGCCCGUGCGCAACUACUCGAGCUACACGGACUCGGAGCCCGAGGGCAGCGCCGUGGUGAGCCUCAACGGCGGCCAGAUCGUCAUGAACAACAUGGCGCGCUCGCGGGCGCCGCUGCCCGGCUUCUCCUCCUUCGUAUGACGGCGGCCGUGCGAGCCGCCACAGCCCGCCGUACACAUGUAAUGUAACGGUCACUGCCCAUUCCCAAUCAUGUAUUUACUUAUUUAAUUAAUUCCCAAUGUACAUAUCAGUUAUGAAGUAAGGUUUACAAAUGGUAGCUGUUAAAUAAAUUUGUUAUCGACAGAUCUAGUGACUUAACUCGAGCGCCUUGUUACUUUUAGAUGUACUAGAUGCGUGAGUGCGAAUGAUAAAAUGUGAGUGUUCAUUAUAAAUAUCAACUUUCGUUGAUAUUAAAUAGGUGUUUUCUCACUAGAUCUGCAUGCAGUCAGUAGAAGUAGUUACGCAGAAUAACCUGCUAAAAAUGAUACUUACUUAGAUUGAGUCUAGAUUGUUUUUACCACGUUAUCUGCCUAGCUACUAUAUUGCAGCUGACUAUACUAGAAAAAUGAACGUAUGUGUUCUUACGUUUAAAUAUAUAUGAUAGAUUACUUGAAAUAUUAGAACGACCAAUGUUAUAUUGAUAGCAAAAUUUUAGAGAUCUCGUUAUAUCAAAAUAUUGAUUAAUUACGAUAUUAAUAAUAAAGACCCAAUUGUUGUGUGAUUUUCUAAAUCUAGACACGAAUACACAAAAUAUAUGUAGUUGUGAGUGGAGUUCAUAACGUCGCAACAUGCAACUUAAAAAUAAAAGUCUGUCAACCCACACAACCGACACAGCUCAUUUAAAUUAUUAAAGUUGAUACAUUACGUGUUUAGUCCUGCAAUGGAGAAACUAUUUAAUAAACGUUUUUGAAUGUCUUUUAUAUUUUUCUAUCGUGGAUUUCUUACUAAAAAUAUAUUUUACUGACUGUACCAAUCACGGUGUCGGUUAUCUGCGUAGACAGACUUAUAGCCAUAAAAAAGUUGUAUAUUAAGAUUUUCUCAAUUUAUUCCUAUUGCACAUACAAAAUAUUUAUAAACCACAAUAGUACACGACUUAAAUGACUGGGCUAAAGUCACUUCAAAAAUCGUAUGUACUUACAUUCAGACAAAAGUUACUUGAAUAAAUUAUAAUUAAUAAAUACGAUUAAAUUAAGUCACAUGAUCCUACAAAAUCAAUACCUACCACUGAACGGGCAUAUAUGUCUAAAUAAUGAAUCAAUAAUCAAUAGUAUACGUAAGGUUACGUAAUCAUUUUAAGUAUUUACUUACGCAUAUGGCGGUUACUUUCAAAGGGUAUAGCCGGGUAAGCAUGGCCAACUGCCCUUACCGUAAAAAAGAAUUUCCUUUUACUGGAUUAUUAACCUAUAUAUAUGUAGUGCUUUCACCAAAAACUAAGCCUCAAAUUAUUAUUAUUACCUUUAUUAUUGCAUUUAUUUACAAGCAACAUGGCUCAUGAAAGCUUUGAAUCAUAAUGAUUAAAAUUAAAAUAAAAACUUAAAAUUAACAUAUUACUAAAAUAUUUACUAACUUACAGGAAACAUAUCAAAUAUAAAAGAAUAAAAAAUAAGAAGUAAAAAUAAUAAAAUACGAUACGAAAUGCUUCAGGAUUAAAGAAAAAUGCAAAAAAAGAAAAAACAUUUUUAUUUUAUUACAGCCAAAGUACUAAUACGAUUUCUUUGUAAUUUGGGUAUGUUGUAUAUACAAUUAAGGUCGUUUUCUGAAAAAAGAAAUAUUGAUUUAUCUCUUGAAAAAAUAGUAAAAGAUUGAGUUGAAAAUUAUCAGGAAAAUUAAAAAAUACGUGCGAAAUUUAUAUAUUUGUAGAAUUUAAUAAUGUUUAACAUAUAUUUUUUCCUGAAGCAUUUGAGGCUUAAUUUUUUGUGAAAGCGCUACAUAUAUAUAAUAAUCCAGUAAAAGGAAAUGAUUUUUUUUCGCUAAGGGCAGUUUGGCCAUGCUUACCCGGCUAUACCCUCUGUUCACACUCAGUUUAUACACUGCCAGGUGGGCAACUGCUUCAUAAGCUCGCGCCACGCAUUCCUAAGCAUCAUUGUUAAGACUCGCUUCAGCUUAGUCCAGCUACUCGUAGCUCUUGGGUACUAUAACAAUAGUUAUUUGUUUUACAAAGGGGCAAAGAUGUUGUUUAACAGCUCGUGCUAAUAUUGAUACCCGAGCAACGUGCGUAGCUACAGGGUUCGAGAAGUGGAAUCUUGAGCUUUGUAAGGGUUUCAAGGCACGAGGGUUAAACAAACUUUGCCUCCGAGUGAAACACAACAUUGGUCACCACAUCAGCGCGAGGAAAAUACUAAAUACCAAAAAAAAUCAAACCAAAUCAAAUGCAACUGAACGUAAUAAAAAAUGUAUCAUUCAAAAUCAUCAUCAGCAGCUAACAUCAGGAAACAAGUCGAAUUUUGCAACUUAAACAUAAAAUGCUACUUUCUCAUUCGUUUUUGAACAAUCAAGAGAACCUUUACCAGUUGGUGUGGUGAAAGUUAUUUACGAUACAAGUGCAGAAAAUGGGAAAUUCGCAACGAGUGGUGAUAAAUUUAAAUCGACACGAGUUGCGAAUUACCUAUUCGUACGUGUAUCGUACAAAGUUUUACAAUCAAUAUGGCUAUUUAAAGUUUCGACAUAUGCACGGAAGGUGCUCAUUUCCGCACGCGUGUGGGAAAGUAGCACCAUAUAUACUGUAAAUAUCUUGACGCGAGAGCUGCGAGCUUUGCUCUAGGUAACUAUAUAAUUUUAGCCAGUUUUGGUUUUCGUGAGGUGGAAACCAAAACUGUAAUAAAAUCUAUUGAUGUCGUAUAUAAGAUGCCUCUUUGUGUAUUCAUCCAUUUAAUAGUUCAUUCCAUUCUAUGUACCUAUUUACAUAAAAUCCUUGCCUAUGCCUUGAAUAUAAUGAACAGUAUUGAUCGGAAAGUUAAAAUAGUUGAGUAAUUUAUGUUAUAAGGUAUAAUAUUGAGACAUAAUUUAGGUUAAUUUCUUAACGUUUUAUAUGGAGCAAAGAAAUUUAAAGAAAUCGACUGAUAAUUUUAGAAGUAUAACUCCGAUUUAUGUAAAUAAAAUUAGUAUUAUCCAUAAAAAUAAAGCAGCAUGCAUUUAACUUAAGAACAAGCUUGAAGACUAGGCACAAUUUUAUUAAAAUAACUGUGAUCUAUUGUAAUAUAAUUUUCAAUAUUAAAACUUUUUGACUAUUACAUUAUAGGCAUGUAAAUUAAAGUUAGUUGUUCAUUACCUAGUGGGAAAUUCACUUAAACAAAUAAUACAGCAUCGUUAGUGAUAUAUACUGGAGAUAAGAUGCACUUGUAUAUUAUGUUUUUUUUUUUCACUUUUUAAUGAUUUACAUUUUCAUAACUUAAUUGAUCAAUGGACCAGUUUUAGGUUUUUGAAGGCUUUAUUAGAUUGUAAAGUUUUUAUGAUUAUGAAAUGUUAUGUACGACGUAUGCAAACCGCAAAUGCUGCUAUAGGUAUUGGCAUCAGAGUUGAGGUCACGCACACAACAUAUAAUUAAGUACCAGGUUUUGAAAUGUUUUUUGUUCUUACCAUGAUUUUCAGAAAAAACGAGUCACAUAUACCUUUUUUUGAAAAAGUAACUUUUGGGUUAAUUUGAAUCAGAAUUACGAGGGAGAAAAAAAGUGGUCACAGCAAAUUUUGUAUAUCAAUUUUGUGAUGGCCAUACAAAAUGUAUAUAACAAUGCGUCAUAAAACUGGCAUUUUUUUUUCACUUUUUUUAAAUCGAUUCUUGUGUCUGUGUAUCUUUCUAUGGCACCAUAGCUCUUAAACGGGUGAACCGAUUUGAAUGCGGUUUUUAAUUUAUUUAAAAGCAAGUUUUAGUGGUGGUUCUUGGAAAUAUUUUAUCAAAAUCGGUUCAUCCGUUUGUGUGUUGUUGCUUUAGUACUGGUAGUAUGUGAGAUCUUUCCCCUCAACUCUCCUGCAGACACCUAUGAUUGUGGAUAGGAAUGGCACUACAGAGUAGAGAACUGUAUUAUUGUUUUACGUAAUCAUAAUUGCCAUACAAAAUAUAUCAGGUGCCAUUACUUGGGCGAAAAUUCCCUUAUUUGUAACUUUCAAUAUUUGGAUGUUUACUUUGUAACAAUACAGAAUUGUAGCAUAAAA